AAUUGAAUCACACAUUGUUAUAAUCAAAAAGCACAUAUUUCUUUAAACUAAAAACACAAUUCCUACAUCUGAAUCAAGGAUUCUAGCCAACCUACUCAAACAACUAACAGUCACCAAACUUCACACAUUUCCAGAUCUCAGGACCCCUCUCUCUUCAAAUGAGUACUAAAAUGCUCAUCAGAUUCCUUCUGUUCCAACUCUUUUUGUACUUCUCCUGUUUCAUCAUCCACCCGUCCAUAUCCCAAACAUUCCCGGAUUCUGCUUCGAAUGUCGGUGUUCGCGGACAAUGGCAUUUGUUGCAAGAAAGCAUUGGCAUAUCAGCUAUGCACAUGCAACUCCUGCACAAUAACAAGGUUGUUAUCUUUGACAGGACUGAUUUUGGCAAAUCUAACCUGUCUCUACCUGGUGGCCGGUGUCGAAACGAUAAAAACGAAGUGGUGCUAAAGGUAGACUGCACAGCUCAUUCGGUUCUCUAUGAUAUUGAAACCAAUCAGUUUAGGCCAUUGAUGGUACAAACUGAUACCUGGUGCUCUUCUGGUGCUGUCAUUCCUGAUGGAGCCCUGAUCCAAACCGGCGGUUUCAAUGACGGGGAUCACAUUGUCCGAAGAUUCGUACCUUGUGAUGAUAACCGCUGUGAUUGGGAAGAGUUUCCAGGGACCCUGGUGAACAGAAGAUGGUACGCUUCGAACCAGAUUCUACCCGAUGGACGAAUCAUCAUUGUUGGGGGCAGGGGUCAGUUCAACUACGAGUUCUACAAUCCCCGGGGGAACUCAGCGUUUCAAUUAGAUUUUCUUAGGGAAACAUCUGAUGAAAGCGAGAAUAAUCUUUAUCCGUUUCUUCAUCUACUGCCUGAUGGAAACUUGUUCAUUUUCGCGAAUACUAGGUCGAUUGUGUUUGAUUAUAAACAGAACAGGCUUGUGAGGGAGUUCCCUUCCAUGCCUGGAGAUGUUUCCAGGAAUUAUCCAAGCUCAGGUUCAUCAGUGCUUCUUCCAAUCGACGAAAACGUUCACACUGAAGUCGAGAUUCUGAUAUGUGGAGGUUCGAGCCCUGACGCCUUCAAUUCAGCGAGACGGGGAAAUUUUCCGCGCGCGAGCUCAACCUGCGGGCGCCUGAGGAUCUAUGAUGACAAUCCCGCCUGGAAAAUGGAAACAAUGCCGGUGCCCCGAGUAAUGGGAGACAUGCUCAUUCUUCCUAAUGGACAGGUGAUCAUAGUGAACGGGGCAAUGUUAGGCUGUGCAGGUUGGGAAAACGCGAGGAGCCCCGUGACACGACCAUUGAUUUACAACCCGAAUGGAUCAGAAAACAAUCGAUUUGCAGUCAUGGAAACGGCCUCAAGGCCGAGAUUGUACCAUUCAACAGCCAUUCUUAUGACUGAUGGAAGAGUCCUAGUAGGAGGAAGCAACCCGCAUAUUUUUUACCAAUUCAGUUCUGAAGAAUUCCCAACUGAUCUGAGUCUGGAAGCGUUUUCGCCGCCUUAUUUCGCGCCAACGUAUGAUUCAGUGAGGCCGAGAAUAGUGGGAUUCAACCCGGCAAUUCGUUACCGGAGAUCUUUCUCAGUGACUUUCAGAGUCUCAGAUUUUCUGGGAUCAGAAAAUUUAUCAGUGAGGAUUGUUGCCCCAUCAUUCACCACGCAUUCGUUCUCGAUGAAUCAAAGAAUGAUAAUUUUGAAGGGAGUUAACGUUACUCGGGUUGCUGCUUCUACUUACAAUGUAGUUUCAAUAGGACCAUCCAGAGUUGAGGUUGCACCACAAGGUUUCUAUAUGCUGUUUGUUGUUCAUGGAGAGACUCCUAGCACUGGACAGUGGGUGAAUUUAAGUUGAUGUCUUUAAUCCUG